AUGAAGUCAACAAAUUCCAUCAUCGUGCCGGUUCUCUUUCUCUAUAUAGCCUAUUCUACAAAUGCAAAAUCACAUUUCACAUCCCACACUACGGAAAUCCACGCGCUGCAUCAUAAUAAAGCUUUACAUCCUAAUAAGAGAGAUUUUCUCAGCUGUGAGCAAACGUGGGGAGAAGGGUCGAUUCCGUGUGGUGGGAGCGAUAGUAAAUAUUGCUAUGAUCCUACGAUUGGGGAGACUUGUUGUAUGCAAGAUUAUGGAUACUGUGGUAUAGGAGAUGUAUGCGCGUCGAUUGCGGGUUAUUGCUGUCACAAGGACGAAAACGAAAAAAUCUGUAUGCUUCGUCUCGGCAUCCGCACACCCGAGGAUUCCACACCCGACCCGGAUUCUCAUUCGAAUUCCGAUUCCGAUUCCGAAGACGCAGAGUCCGGAUUGACAUCCGUCGCAUCCUCCUCAUCGGCUUCUCAAUCACAAUCGCAAUCUACCACGGACACAAAAUCAGAUGACGAAUCGACUGAUUCUGACAUCGGUACCGAAUCAGAUGAUUCGGAUGGUGCUUCGAGUCCACCCAUAUCCAUGCUCGUAAAUGCAUUGAACUCGGGUCCGCUCGCAGACGAAGACGCAGAUACAGAAGAAGAAGAUCCAGACUCAACUUUAGACUCGGGAUCAAAUGCCAAUGCCAAUGUCGAUAUCGAAAUCGAUGCCAACACGGGAACUAAUGUACACCCUGAAUCCACCGCCGUGGUUUCGAGUCUCGAGACUGCAGUAGCGUCUGCGACACCUGUUGACAUGACGACCAAGGAUGGAAUCUCUACUGUUCGAGCGUGGGAAACUUCCACGCCGGUUUCGCCUUCGGUGGCGGUGCAGAUUAGUAGCAGUAGUGCUACUGCUGUGAAUGUGCAUAAUGCAAGUGAGUCGACAUCUUCGGCUCUUCCUUCGCAAUCUCUUUCCGAGGGGUACAAUGCCAGCGCGACGACUUCUGGCGAGGAGGGAGUUUUUACAGGUGCGGCUGUGCGGGUUGGGUGGGAAUCGGUUUUGGAGGGGGGGAUGCUUAGGAGUUGGUUGGUUUGUGGAGUGGCUUUUGUGGUUUGGGUGGUGUUGUGA